UCACCACCGGGACACUCUGUCUCUGCACACUUUUAUCUGAAACCCUUCUAAGUUUUUUCCCCCCUCUCCGCGUAGGCGUGCGUUGACUUGGUCUCCUGUCUUUUUAAAAGUUAUCUGAGGAAGGAAGAGGAGAAAAAGAAGGAGGAAAAAAAAAGUAGCUUACUCCUUCAAACCGUCCCGGUUUUUUGCCGGGGAAUUGUCGUCAUCAGCACCCCAGAUAUCCCCCCCUUAGCUCCCUAAAUGGAUGGGACUGUCUUGGUCUAUGCAGUUCAGCGCAGGCCAAAAGAUUGGAAACAACUUGUGAGUAUCCGUCAGUUUGGCGUCUAGAGGGAAACGCUCAGAAAUGCCCGGCUGUUUCGCUGGAGCUCAACUCUGAGUGCUUUUCUCCUGCACUGGUGCGCUUUCUGGAGGAAGGACUCUGCUGCUCAAAGUUUACAACAGAAAAGAAAACUUAGCGCUGAAGUGGCAGCUCUCAUACUAUAGCGCUCGCUAUGGAUUGUAUGUAUUUACUGAUGUGCUUUUCACUCACUCAAGUAUUUUUGGGGCACAUUUUCGCUGCAGAAACCCAUGAAAAUCUCUCUGGAAAGUUAAGUGAAUAUGGUCUUAUCGUGCCAUUCAGCACAGACUCCCAUGGCCGGUAUAUUUCUCACGUGGUCUCUGCUGGAAGUGGAAGUCAAGGUGCUGCUGCUGCCUCCACUGCUGCUGAUGCCAUCUCAGCCCUUGGCAGCAGCAGCAGAAGAAGAAGAAGAAGGGUGGCCCGCAGUGCCCCCGAGAUGCCCUCAGUCACCCCUGCCUCGGCUCAGCACUUGUUUUUCAAUGUCACCGUGUUUGGGAAGGAACUGCACCUCCGCCUGAGGGCCAACAGAAGACUGGUAGCACCGGGGGCUUUUGUGGAGUGGCAAGAGGACUUUAAGGAAAAGGCCAAGGAAAGUAUCCACGGGGACUGCGUUUUCACUGGGGAUGUGAGUGACAUGCCGGAUGCUACUGUGGCUAUCAGCAAUUGUGACGGACUGGCAGGCCUGAUCCGGACUGAUAAUGGGGAGUUUUUCAUCGAACCCCUCGAGAAGGGCCAGCAGGAUGUGGAGGUGAAGGGGCGGGUCCACGUGGUCUACCGCAGAUCGGCCAUCAAGCGGGAGGCGGGCCAGCAGGGGGAGAAUCUCCACAACGAAGGUAGGAGAGUGGCAGACAUCGGAAUAGCAGACCUCCCUGCGGCUCUGGAUCUCGUGGAGCAGAAGCUGUCCGAGUCUGAGCGCAAGAGGAGGCACGCCAAGAAAGACGACUACAACAUCGAGGUGCUGCUAGCGGUGGACGACUCGGUGGUGCGCUUCCACGGCAAGGAGCACGUGCAAAAUUACGUUCUCACGCUCAUGAACAUAGUUGAUGAAAUCUACCACGAUGAGUCUUUGGGAACCAACAUCAACAUUGUCCUGGUCCGCAUGAUAAUGGUCGGGUACCGGCAGUCUAUAAGCCUGAUCGAGCGUGGCAACCCAUCUCGCAGCCUGGAGCAGGUGUGCCGAUGGGCCAACACGCAGCAGCGCCGCGACCCCGACCACGCCGAGUACCACGACCACGCCAUCUUUCUCACAAGGCAAGAUUUUGGUCCCGCAGGUAUGCAAGGUUAUGCUCCGGUGACGGGGAUGUGCCACCCGCUGAGGAGCUGCACUCUGAACCACGAGGACGGCUUCUCCUCCGCCUUCGUGGUGGCUCACGAAACCGGCCAUGUCCUAGGUAUGGAGCACGAUGGCCAGGGGAAUCGCUGUGCUGAUGAGACGAGUAUGGGCAGCAUCAUGGCGCCUCUGGUCCAAGCAGCUUUCCACCGCUACCACUGGUCACGUUGCAGCAAGCAGGAGCUCAACAGAUACAUCCACUCCUACGACUGCCUGCUGGAUGAUCCCUUUGAGCAUAAGUGGCCCAAGCUCCCCGAGCUACCUGGAAUAAAUUACUCGAUGGACGAGCAGUGCCGCUUUGAUUUUGGCGUUGGUUAUAAAAUGUGCACGGCCUUUCGAACCUAUGACCCUUGCAAGCAGCUGUGGUGCAGCCACCCCGACAACCAGUACUUCUGUAAAACCAAAAAAGGUCCUCCAGUGGACGGGACAGAGUGUGCACCAGGAAAGUGGUGCUUCAAGGGCCAUUGCAUCUGGCGAUCCAGCCAGGAGCCUCAGGGCCACGAUGGGAGCUGGGGCUCCUGGUCAAAGUUUGGCUCUUGCUCCAGAACGUGUGGAGGUGGAAUUCGCUCCCGCAGCAGACAGUGCAACAACCCUCCGCCUGCCUACGGUGGUCGAGACUGCCCCGGCUCUGCCUUUGACUACCAGAUGUGCAACACAGAGGAGUGUGCUGGCCCUUACGAGGACUUCCGUGCCCAGCAGUGCGUCCAGAGGAGCAACAAAUACCACAAGAACGUCAAGCACACCUGGCUGCCGUAUGAGCACCCAGAUGAGGCCCGCAAGUGCGAACUGAGCUGCAAGUCGAAGGAAACAGGAGAGGUGGUGUUCAUGAACCAGGUGAUGCACGAUGGGACGCGAUGCAGCUACACAGACCCCUUCAGUGUGUGCGCCCGAGGAGAGUGUCUGCAUGUCGGCUGCGACAAGGAGGUCGGCUCUUACAAACAAGAGGACAAAUGUGGAGUUUGUGAGGGGGACAACUCCCACUGCCGCACCGUGAAACUGACGCUCACCAAGACCCCCAAAAAGACCGGAAUGCUGAAAAUGUUCGACAUCCCGAUGGGAGCCCGCCACAUCGUUAUUGAAGAGAACGAGACCUCUCCUCAUAUAAUUGCUGUGAAGAAUCAGGUCACCGGAAACUUCAUACUCAACGCAAAAAGCGAAGAUGCCGAAUCAAAGACCUUCAUCGAGAACGGUUUACAGUGGGAGUACGCCAUGGACGGUCAGAAGGAGACGCUGAAAACCAGCGGCCCUUUGCAUGAAGGCAUCAUAGUUCUGGUCAUCCCUCAGGAAGAAGAUGCAAAAAUUAGCCUGACGUAUAAGUAUAUCAUCCACGAGGACCUAUUGCCGCUCAUUACCAACAACAAUGUACUUCUGGCCGAGCUGGACACGUACGAGUGGGCGCUGAAGAGCUGGUCUCAGUGCUCCAAACCCUGUGGGGGAGGCAUACAGUACACAAAAUACGGAUGCAGGAGGAAGAGUGACAGUCGUUUGGUUCACCGCAACUUCUGCGAAACCAGCAAAAAACCCAAACCCAUCCGCAAGCGCUGCAAUGUCCAAGAGUGCAGCCAGCCCACGUGGGUGGUGGACGAGUGGAGUCCCUGCAGUAAGACUUGUGGGAAGCUCGGCUACCAGGCCAGGGUGGUGCAGUGCAUGCAGGCGCUCCACAACGGCACCAACAGGGUCGUCCACAGCAAACACUGCACGGACGAUCGGCCGGAGACCAGGAGAGCCUGUAACCACACCAUCUGCCCCGCCCAGUGGAGGACAGGGGCAUGGUCUCAAUGCUCGGUGACCUGCGGCGAAGGGAUUCAGCAGCGCCAGGUGGUUUGCAAGGCCAGCGACAACACCAUCGGGGAAUGCGAGGGCGAGAAGCCAGAAACGGUCCUUAUUUGCAAACUCAGUCCGUGUCCAGGGCAACCAGAGUCUUCUCUUGCUUCUCAAACGAUGGAGAACUCCACUAUGAAAGAUGAAGCCGUGUACCAAAGGGCUCCUGAAACCCCUGUCCAGAAAAUCUCUUCAAAUGAGCCAUGUCUAGGGGAUAAAUCGAUUUUCUGUCAAAUGGAGGUUCUUGCCCGUUAUUGUUCCAUCCCUGGAUAUUAUAAGCUUUGUUGUGAGUCUUGCAACAAGAGGGAAACCCUCAACGCACACGUUUCUGACUUCCCCGACACCCCUCAACCCGAGACCGCCGCUCCCUCUCACCCCGCCUCGUUCAAGGCCCCACUCGUCACCACGACCCCGACCCCGCCACAAACCACUAAAGCCAUGAGUCGACGGCUUCGCUCCACCAACCCGGUGCCGACCGCGGCCACCGCUGCUCAGCCUUCACCGGCGUCAGAUGCUGAAUCUCCGCCCCGGCGUCCUCCUCCCAGCGACUCCCUCCUCGCCGCCGAGGAGGCAGAUUCAGAUGCGGGGCCUCUUCUACCUCCAGGGCCGACGCGGCCCACAGCGGACUCCAGUGGAGGUGCCUCUCAAGAGCACAUUCCAAACAGCACUUUAGGCUCAGCUGCUGCCAGGUCAAGAAGGGACAAUUUAGGAUCCGAGAGGGACUCGAGUCACAGAACCCUGCCCGCUCAGAAAUGAACAGCGAGCAAUGUCGUGAACAUGCUGCUCAGUGAGACAGUCGCAAAACAGCAGCUUUGCAGUAUCCGGUUCACUCAAAGUCUUGCUGCAGAUAAUUUCUUUUUUUUUUCUUUUUUUUUCUUUUUUUUUAAUGCCAGUGAACUUAGACCAGACCAGUGACGGUUACCUCAUCGAAACCCUCGGAGCGAUGAUGUGCGUGCAGCGUCGCUCUGCCCUCUGUGCUUCAAAAUAUGAAACGGAAGAAAAAAAAAUAGUUAAAUAAAACGAAGGUGCUGUAAACUAAAACGACUACAAGACGUGUUCAAAAUGUGAUGACUGCAUUGCUACAUUCAUGUUUUUAUCUGUGUACAGUUGUGUAAGCCUGUUCUUUUUUUUCUCAAGUGCAUUAGAACUACUAUUGAACUUGUAUUGUGAACAUGAGAGGUCAGAGGCCAUGGCUUUGGAGGCGCAUGUGCCAGGUCUGGAGUCUAGAGUGUGCCACCGGAACAAUUAGUUCAGUUACUAAUUCAAUUUCAGUUCUUUCAGUUACAAUUACAAUUUCAGUAGGGCUGGGCAAUAUAAUGGCUUAUUUUAUUCUGUAUACCCACAGUAUAAGGAAUAUGUAACAUUCUACAUCAAGAAACAAGAGCAGUAACACUUAAAAGGGUGCAUUGCACCAGCAGUUUGAAGCAGUUUGUUCAUCAUAAAGCUAAUUUAGACAAGCCAGAGACUCAAAAGAACCUGGCUGGUGUGUGACAAAAUGACAACAAAGGAAGAAAUAAUCUUGAUUUAAUUUCUCCAAGGUAUUUGGGAUCAGUAGGACCUAAGACGUAUAAAAACUAAACGUCACCUUGGAACAGGAAGGAAUAGUUUUUGCCCUCAUAUGUGGACACUGGGAUUAUUUAAUUAUUUAUAAUGUAACAAAGUCACCAAUGUGUGACAAAAUAUAAAACUGUUCGUUUUAAUACCUGAACAUGGCUGAGCAAAACAAGAAUUGCGAACAAUUAAGUCCCAACGUCCUUAAACGAGUACUCGCUAAUUAGCAAUGUUGUGGCUUGUUGCUGUUGAUAAAAUUUGUUAAAUUUGCGCAUCAUAUCAAACUAGUAACGCUAAUAAGCCUAAAUAUAUAUGUUUUAACCACAGAAUUUGAUGUGAUCAUCUGUAGAAUGAAUCCGAUACGAUGCCCGCUAUCGUGUUUAGUGUAUUGACCCUUUGCUACCACUAGAUGGCAGAUUAAAGUGUCCACUAACAGGUUUAAAUGAAGCAGAAUAAGCUGCAAUAAAACCUAAAACAUAAUGUCCCCAUAUGAGGACGCAGGGUCUCGGGAGGUUAAAAAAUGGCCCAGCCCUUAUUAUAAAACAAAAACCCUUUGUGUGCUCAACUUUAAGUUUUAAUUACUAUUAGUAUCUCACGUCAUUUCACUCAUCUUCACUCUCUAGUUACAGUUUCCAUUUCCUCGUAGGUCGUAGCUCUAGUUUAAAACGAUGACUAUGACCGAGACGCAUAUUUUAUGCUUUUUGUUUAUUAUCUUAGUCACUGAUUCCAGUAAAGCCUUUCACCAUGGUGUAAUUAUCCCAGUGGCACACUCCAGACUUCAUAGUCAUCACUCCUAGCAGGGAGCUUCAUGCCUUCUCUGCCCCCCCACCCACCACCCCCCCUCGGUGCUCUUUUAUCAUUGUCGUUGUUGUUGUCCAAACCUAAUAUACCGGUGAUUAUCCUCACUGAUAAAAUAAUCAUGACUGUUUGCAAGCCAACCCCGCUGUAGCAUGCCCUCCGUCUGUCUACACGGAAGUCGGUGAUUCAAUGCUUUAACGAACAAAAAAGACACAUUAUGAUAUUUCUUUAUUCUUUUUUCUUUUUUUUUAGAUUAUAAUGUACAUAGUGUAAAUUUCAAUUCAUGAAACAAUGCAAUUGGAAAAUCCAGGCGAUGCUGUAAGUCUACAGGCUGUGGUUGGUUAUGCUGUUACACCGUUCCUGCGUUGCGGUUCAUAACGUCAUUUAUUGUAUAGUUCUUGUAUAUACGUACGUGAAUGAAAGCUUUAAAUGUUAAUAUUUAUUGAAUUUUUAAGUGGUAUGGUGAACAAAGUAAAACACAUUUGAAAGAA